AUGGGAAAUGUUCAAGUUCCUCUUUUGCAUCCUUUGACGGACGAUUUGAACAUGCUUUGUUAUCGUGUGAUAGCUCUUGAAGAUAUCAAUAUUCAACCACAUACCGAGGCUGUCAUUCCUGCGAAAGUGGUUGAUUACACUGGCAAGAAUGGGUGGGGAAUUAUUGAACCCACUGACGAGGAAUCCAUUCCUGGAGUCUUCAUUGGUAAAGUUUUGACGAAAUUAACAAACGAAACCACAGUAGUUCCAAUACGAAUGGUUAACGUGACGGAGGAAAAGCGUAAAGUUUUAGCUGGAACUGACCUGGCAAAAUGUGAGACA